GACAAAAAUAAAGUUUUUAGAGCAAUAUAAAAUUCUGGUUGGAUUUUAUUUAGAUUUGAAGAAAAUAAUUAUUUUGAAAACGAGGCUAUUCUUGGAAAGCCUGGCUAUACUAAGGGUUUAACUUUCAGUUCGGAAUACACCUUUCCCGAAUUCAAAUUAUCGAUUACAUCAUCUACAUGAAAACGAGGCUUUUCUUAAUAAACUUUGUAAACAUUAAAAAAUACAGCUGGUUUUUGUUAAUAAUGGAUAUCAUUCUGACUUUCCUCUUCUUGUCGAUGUCAUACGAAGUCAGUUCAUAUGUGAUGGAUAGAGAUUAUUUAAGGAGACGAUCAGAACUUUUUCAAGAAGACAGUCAAACACAGAUCGGGUUUAACAUCAAGUUAUCCGAAAAAGAACUAAAAGUGAACGCGUUGCUUGUCGCUUUAAAAAAGAAGGAACUUGAUUUGGCGUUUUCAACUGGUAGAAGUUUACAAGAAGCUAAUUUCGUACUUGCCCGUGAGAAAAUUAAACAAAGUGAUGUAUACAGAUUUAUAAGGAAAAUGCCAAAAGGUGCAGUCCAUCAUAUCCAUGGAAUGUCAAUGUCAAGUUAUGCAGCUAUGAUCAAAAAGUGGACUUACAACGACAUCUGUUUCGUGUGUUACAAUCAGACCUUGGACAUCUUAAAAUUCAAAAUAUCCAACAUUAAACCUAAUGAUAUACCUAAUGAUACCUGCCAGUGGAUGCUGGCUGCAGAGGCUCGUACUAAUUACACCAGUUCGAAAGAGUUUGAUGCAAUGCUUUUAUCAUUUUUAACUUUUCAAAAAAAUGAUAUUUUAAAAUUAAAAAACCAAGAUGAUCUGUGGAAAAAAUUUCAAAAUGUUUUCUCGACAAUUUCAGGUUUAGUGACAUAUGAAGAAAUAUUCAAAGAUUAUUUUUUCAGUGGAUUGCAAGAACUGGUAGAAGAUAAUGUACAGUUUGUAGAAGUUCGUGCAUUGUUACCACCACUCUACUUUUUAAAUGGUACAACCACUAAAGGCGGUGAAGAAACCUUAGAAACAUACAUUAAGGUUGCAAACGAAUUUAUAUCUGAACAUUCAGAUCAUUUCUUUGCAGCUAAAUAUAUUUACUCUGUGCGUCGCUUUCUACCAAAAGAAACAAUCAAACAAAAUGUUUUGGAUGCGAUUGAUAUGGUUGAGCGAUAUCCGAAUCACUUGAUAGGAUUUGAUCUAGUAGGACAAGAGGACACUGGAAGAUCAUUGUUUUAUUAUAUUGAUGAACUUCUCAUACCAAAACAUCUUGGAAAACAUCUGCCAUACAUCUUCCAUGCUGGUGAAACAGAUUGGGAAGGAAGAUCUAUUGACCAAAAUCUCUUCGAUGCCAUUUUAUUAAACACAUCUCGUAUUGGACAUGGAUACGCUAUCACGAAACAUCCAAUAUUACGAAAAUAUACGAAAGAAAAAAAGGUUGCAAUUGAACUUUGUCCGAUUUCUAAUCAAAUACUUGGUCUAGUUUCUGAUUUACGAGAUCAUCCAGCUGCUGAUCUUCUUAGUGAUAACCAGCCAAUCACAGUUAGUCCCGAUGAUCCAGCCAUCUGGCAAGCUUCUGGAGUCUCGUUUGAUUUAUAUCAAGUGUUUAUGGCUAUGACACCUGCACAUGCUGGUCUACAAGUUUUAAAGAAGUUGGCUUUGAAUUCUAUCAGCUAUAGCAGUGUUAAUGAAUCGGAGAAGUAUUUGUUAAUGGAAAUGUGGAAGCGAAGAUGGGAAGUCUUUCUCGACGAUAUUAUACUGGAGUACCGACUAUGACGUAUCACAUCUGUUUUCUCACAGUGCAACCUAAAAGAGUGCAACACAGCGCAAGUGAAAAGCUUACAUGCAAAAGAAUCAUCUUUUACACAAUAACCUUAAACCAUAGUCACAGAUUAUUUCGUCUGAUAUGUUUAUCGACCCACUUUUCUUCACCUUGACCACUCUACGUCACUUCGGGUUGAUGACGGUUGGUAUACGGAUAGCAUUUUUUAUCGCGCUUUCUAUCAAUCCAACGUACUUUCAGAAAUAUGCGCAAGACGGUUUUUUUUAUGAAUUAAUCGAAUUCAGUUAGUUUGCGGGAAUUUAUUUUGUCCUUUCCGCGACUAAGAAAAGGUUAUUUUUUUUAAUAAAAACAAAUUAAAAUAAAUUUAUAUAAACUUUGGAACAAAAAGUGCUUCCAUUUGGCUUCAGGUAUGUUUUAUUCGGCAGAAUUAUCUCUCACAAAUCAGCCAAUAAAACGUGUGGCGUCAAUCUUAACAAAAAAUAUGAGGAAUGUCACGAAAAUAAGGAGAUGACAUUUAGGUGAACAUCCUGAAUAUGAAUGUAUAGCAUGAAAAUUACUGCUCUCAUUCUCUUGACUAAAACAUUUGACACUACCCAUGUUUUGUAUUUAACGACGAGAUAUGUAACUGUCUUUUGUUAUAAACAGUCUGGUAACGAAGUAAUUUUUUUUUUAAUGAAUGUAGUCACAAUGUGUACAUAUUUAUAUAUUGCUAGAUGUGGGAAUUUGUAGAACGCGAAAAUUUUAUGAUGAAAUAUUGUACAAUAAAUAAAUUAAAAAUAUAUUUCUUCUUGUUAUAAAA